UCGUUCGUAACUCGCAUUCAGAAGGAUUUCUAGGAGUUACAGGGCACGUCCAACUACGCUGUGUCUCAAGACAUCAUAGUUCUGCACGACAGGUUGCUACUUCCCAAUCCAUAUAGAAGAUGAAGUCCGUUCUCCUCCUUCUCUGCGCCGUCGCCAUGGCUUGCGGCACUCCCGUCUCGCAGUCACAGUCGCAAUCGACCGACACCGUUCACUCCGAUGCGCAGUCGAACGAUGAGACGAUCGUGGACAGCGCCAUGUAUAUCCAGAGCGUUUCUCACAUGGCAGUCGUCGAAAUGCUCUCUCCCUUGAUGUCGGCGAUGUCGUCUCUUGAUUUACAGAUUUCAAAAAUCCACAGCAUUGCUGUCAAGACAGGCGUUUCUAUUCCAAGCGUCAUAGUUCCAGAAAUCGACAUGACCAUUAUAUACAAGUGCAAGGCCAAAUCUGAGCCCAAGUUCUCCCCUGCACUCCCCUACCUUGUGUCGAAGAGAGACGAGAUAAAGUCCCAUACUGAUACAGCAACCCUGAUCGCUCACGGGAUCGAAUAUGUCGGUAACCUCCUUGCCCAUGGCGAGACGGACCAAAAAACCCUGGAAGCGAUGUCCUCCAAGCUGAGUGAUUUCUUGUCCAAAUAUUCCAGUUUGAUCUCCGGAUUGACGUCAUCAGUCUGUCUUGAUGAUAAAUCUAAAUCAAGAGAAUCCAUGGAUCAAAGGGUUCCACAAUCGAGUCAGGAAAGCAUGGAUCCUGCCCUGGAAAUUUUCUUUAGGGGAUUCUGCCCGACGGGAAUCUGUUCCAGCAAGUAAGGACGAGCUGGAUAGGAUAAACUAGGCAGCAUAGCUACCCAAUGCCGUUGGGACAGUACAGUUUGAGAAACUCUACCAUACAGAAACGAUUUUAUAACCAAUGACCGAGAAGUCUCUAAAAUAAAUCAUCGUAAUUUCCUCAUUCCUCUACAAUUUGAAUGUGAUCGGAUUUUGAUAUGGCGUGUUGUAUGCAAUAAAAUUGAAUU